UUUACUCCUUCGCCUCGCACCGCACCGCAUGCGGCGAGCGCGACACAGGACACACUCGGACGCUCGCUACUCCUCUCCGCUCCGGGCGGAUGGAUGGCUGCGCUACCCAACAAGUAACAGCCAUCGUCCGUCCCUGGGGACCCCGACCGCAGAGCAGACGCCCUCCUCCUCCCUCUCCUCUCCCCACCCAUGGUGUUAUGAGGAGAAGAAUACUAUGAUCCUCUUCUUGGCUUCUUCUUGCAUCCCCUCCUCCUCACAUGCCAACAACAACAACCCUUCCUCCUCCUCCAUUCGCCACCCCUCCUGCUUCCAUCCAUGGACGCCACUCCCGUCUUCUUGAUUGCUGAUUAGUCAGCUGCCUGCGCUGCGUUCUCCUUGUGCUUGUGUGCGUGUGAGAGAGUGUUCGAGCGAAGGAGAGGAGGAGGGGAGGCAAUGGCGGCGGCGAGGAGGCUGUCGGAGCUGCUGCAGGAGCAGCAGGAGCCGUUCCUCAUCGAGGCCGCCAAGAUCAGGCGGCUGCGGCGCGGCGGCGGCCGCGGUGGAGGUGGAGGUGGAGCGUGCUGCCCCGUGGCCGCGUGCAGGAGGCUGCUCAGGCUCUGCAACCACGGGUUCAAGAAGAGGCGAGGCUGCGGCGGCGUCGGCGGCGGCGGCGGUGUCGGCGGGGGCGGCGUCAGGGGGCUGAGGUCGGCGCUGAGCAAGGCGCUGUGCGGCAAGGCCGUGAGGAGGGUGCUCCGCUGGGACAGCCUUGGCUGCUUCCCCGGCGGCGUCGACCGCGAGUUCCGCCGGCUGCGGCGGUCCACCGGCGACAGCGGCGAGUGCGACCCCCGCGCCAUGGACUUCAGCGGCCACAGCAACGACGAGCGGCCGCCGGGGAGGUGGAAGGCGCCCGGCAUUGGCAUGGACAUGGACGUCGACGAGUCGUCGCGGCAGCUCAGCCCGGUCUCCGUCCUCGACCUGCACUCCGACGACGGCGACUCUCCUGUGCACUGCCGCUGGGAGGAUGCAAAGCCCUCGACCUCAGGGAGCUCGCCACCAUCCGAGGGCUUCAUCGGCGCCACCUCACCAUGCUUCACCUACAACAUCCAUGGCAAGAUCAUCCCAAUGGAGGUAGAAGAAGACGAAGAAGAAGGCGACGAGGAGGAGGAGGAGAUGGCCAGAGCCGGCAAGUCCAUCGAGCAGCAGAUCUCCUCGUGGGAGAGGAUCGCAGAGGACAUCUCCAACAUCCCGAGAAUGGUGGAGAUGGACUUCUCCCAGUCGAUACAACAAUGGGGCGAGCUCAAGCUCGAGGCAGCCAUGGAGAUCGGCACGAGGAUAGAGACCCUAAUCUUUGAUGAGAUCAGGAGAGAAACCGUCUGUGACAUGCUUGCUUCACACUGUACAUUGGCAGCUGCAACAUCUUGUUGACCACAGAAAAGAGAGAGAGAGAGAGAGAUAGUAGUAUGUGGACUGAGGAGGAGGAGAGGGGGGUGUGGUUAAAAAAAAUGGAGGAUCUGUAUAAUUUGAGAGGGUUCAUGUGGAAUUCAUUUUUUUCCCUAACUCCAAA